AUGGUCAAUCGAGGCCCCGGGCCAGAUGAUCGUCGAGAUAAGGACGCUCAGGAUGGCGUGACCCAAGAACAUGCUUCGGCCGAUGUCGAUAUGACCAGUCCAGAAGUUGAUCACACUCAGGAAACAAAUAUUGCCGAAAGCAAUACCACACGACAGAUAUCAGAUAUCAACGUACGUCUCAAGGAACACCGCGAAGAUAUCAAAGAGAACAAUGGGAUGAUCGCCUAUAUCGGGAACGCCCAGUACUAUUUCGAGGGCAUGAUCGUCAAAUUCGAAGACACUAUUAACAAACACUGUUCCGACUGCGAUCGAAAGCUGAAAAAGAUUUCUCGUAACCUUGGUGACAUGUCUUCUACCAGUCAGAUCAAAGCGGCUCGCGAACUGCAUCAAAACAAGGGUCAAUUUCGCGACUUGCAUAACAAAUAG